CUGUAACAGCAAAACAACGACUGUUGGUUUUUUGUUUUAUAUACAAACUCGGAAUGGUAAAUAGCAGAAGUGGUAUUAUGAAUCUAAAGAUAAUAGAGAAGCUUUUAAGCCGCAUUAGAGAUGCAAAUAUUAAGUUUGUACGAUUUGAAGUGGUGGACAUGUUUGGAAUUUCUCGGUUGAAGUUGAUUCCGGCCCGACAUUUCAAAUCAAAGGCAGAAAACGGCAUGAACUUUCACGUUAGUUAUUUAGGUUCCAAAUCUUUGGGAAAUAUGCUAACAGGUACUGGUUGUACUGAGGAAUUACACUACAGUGACGCGGUCAUGUUUCCUGUGUUGGAUACGUUCGAAGUUCUUCCUUGGUGGAACGACACAGCACGAAUCCUAAUUGAACCGUCAUAUGACGGUAAUGAAGUUUCAUUUGCUCCACGAUUUCUUGCUAGGCAGCAACUGACAAAACUUAAGAAGAUGGGUUAUAGUCUGCUCUCAGCUCACGAGCAUGAGUUUUACGUCGUCAACAAAGAUACAAUGAAACCUCUUAUAAAUGAUUCAAAUAUUCGAUCAACUAUUCGAUUGUACGAAAGCGCUGGCUUCAUUCAUCAGCUUGGAGAAGAUUUGCCUAAAGUAGGAAUUGAUAUCGAAUGCAUGGAAACUGAAGCUGGACCUGGUCAGCAUGAAAUUUCGUACAAGCCAUCGUUUGGAAUCAAAGCAGCAGACACAGCCUUCACGUACAGAGGCGCAGUCAAAGAGAUCGCCAUGCAACACGGCUUAAUGGCUUCCUUUAUGAGCAAACCGUAUCCGGACAAAAAUGGAUCUUCCUGCCACUUUUGUCACUCUUUGUGGGAUGUGGAAGGUAAUAUUCCUCUUAUAUUUGAUGACGAUUCACCAGACAAACUAUCAAACGUUGCUAAAUAUUGGAUAGCUGGUGUUAUACAUCAUGCACCAGCUCUUAGCCUGUUCAUGGGUCCUACAGUAAACUGUAGAAAGCGGUAUAAACCAUUUUCUUUUGCGCCAUCAAAUGCAACCUGGGGUUUUGACAACCGAACAUGCGCAGUUCGUGUGAAGAUCAAUAGUGAAUUUGGUUCUUACAUUGAAAAUCGUAUGGGAAGUGCUGGAUCAAAUCCCUAUUUAGUUUUAGCAGCCACAGUUGCCGCCGGGAUAGAUGGAAUCAAGAAGAAGCUUUCCCUUCCUGCCGACGUCACUGGAUCCGCGUACCUUUUGCAAGAUGUUCCUGAGAAAACACCAACAAUACCAACAUCCAUGCAAGAUGCCGUCGAAGCAUUUCUGCAGGACGAGGUCAUCAGGGAUGCAUUUGGUGAAGACUUUGUGAAAUGCUUCGUUGCCAUAAAGUCUCAUGAAAUGCAAAAAGCAAGAGAAGCAGACGAAAAUGGUGAUUCUAUGUGGGACUGGAAUAUGUAUUUUAAAUACAUUUAAAAAAACAUUAACUUCAUUUUUUUUUCAAAAUAUAUAGAGUAAAUCUACUAGUUCUGAAGUAAAUUUCAAAUUUUAAUCAGACCCCUUUCUUCUUUUAGAUACUAUCUAUUUAGAUAUUGUCUGUAUAACAAUUAGCAUAUAUAUUAUUAUCAUAAUUUUAUUAUAAUAAAAUCCAAUAUACAAAGAUUUUUGAUAAACAUUUAAAUUAUAACUAAUAGUAUUAAUAGAACAAAAGUCAUUAAGGUUCAAAAUGAAAGGUUUCCCCAGAAACUAUAAAGCUUGUACAAAAUUAAAAAAUGAACCACAUUUCGUUUAUAAAAUUAAAAUUAAUGAGCGGUAAGCAGUAAAUAAACAAAUUGUACCGGUAUACAAACCAAUAAAACAACAAG